CGCACUCGGCGGCCGCCAAUGGGAGGAGCAGCGGCAGCAGCCCGCCCGGCACCCUGACAGAUAAAGGAAGGAAAGGGCAGAGGCGCAGGCAGUGACAGCCGGAGCUAGCGGGAAGCAGGGCAGGGGAGAGAGGAAAGGGAGCGGGAGUAGUCAUCCAUCACUCACUCACUCACUCCGGGCUUGUGUCCGCGGCCAUGCGAGCAGCGUUGGGCCACUCACCACAUUGAUGUCCGGAGACUGCGGCCGUCGGCUCAGACCGCUCGGGAGCGGGGGAACCGGCAGCAGCGACUGAGGGGAGCCCAGGUACAGGCGGCAGCGGCAGCGGCAGCAACCGGCGUCCGGUGGCGUUUAAUCCGUGUGGUAGCGGAGCGGGAAUGGAGGGCGAGCAGCGAGCCCAGGCCGGCGCGGAGCCACCGCCGUCACCGUCACCACAGCAGCAGCCGCUCCGUCCCGUCGCCAGUCAGAGCCGCUUCCAGGUCGACCUGGUGACCGAGGCAGGGGGCGAUGGGCAGAAAGGCCGCACUUCACCAGCCGAUGCCGCCGAUGCCGCCGCUGCCGGGCAACCGCCUCCUGCUCCCGGCGCCAAGGACAGGGCAGAUGGCGGCGCUGCAGCCCCGUGUCCGGCUGAGCCGCCCAUCGUUGCCGCCGAAGAGGCCAAGGGACGGUUCCGCGUCAACUUUGUGGAGCCGGCCUCAGGCGGGCAGCAUCAGCAACCUCCGGCCUCAGGAGGAGGAGACCCUGCGGCUGCCUCGGCCUCCACCGCCGAGCCGUGUGCGACCGCCAGCGAGGCUAUGAACGGCUACCCGCAGAACGGCGACACCAUGCUGAGUGAGGGCAGCCUGCACUCGUCCGGCACCGGCGCCCAGCACUACUACGACACCCACAGCAACACCUACUAUCUCAGGACCUUCGGCCACAACACCAUCGACGCCGUGCCCAGGAUCGACCACUACCGCCACACGGUAGCACAACUGGGCGAGAAGCUCAUCAGACCCAGCCUGGCCGAGUUGCACGAUGAACUCGACAAGGAGCCUUUUGAGGAUGGCUUUGUAAAUGGAGAUGAAAGCUGUCCAGCUGAAGGUGCUGUUUCAAAACAUGUUGUUGACAAUAUAGGUGUUGUAAAAUUUGGCUGGAUUAAAGGCGUGCUGGUGCGAUGUAUGCUAAAUAUCUGGGGGGUGAUGCUCUUCAUACGUUUGUCAUGGAUUGUUGGCCACGCUGGGAUAGGUCUGUCUCUUCUAGUCAUUGGCACGGCAACUGUUGUUACCACCAUAACAGGACUAUCAACAUCUGCUAUAACAACCAAUGGAUUUGUACGAGGAGGUGGUGCAUAUUAUUUAAUAUCCAGAAGCCUGGGACCUGAAUUUGGUGGUGCUAUUGGACUAAUAUUUGCUUUUGCCAAUGCAGUAGCUGUAGCCAUGUAUGUGGUUGGUUUUGCAGAGACAAUGAGAGAUCUGCUUGUGGAUAACAACGCACUCAUGAUAGAUGAAAUGAGUGACAUCCGGAUUAUAGGAACCAUCACCAUUGUAUUCCUAUUUGGCAUAUCUGUGGCAGGGAUGGAGUGGGAAGCCAAGGCUCAGAUUGUACUGUUGGGAAUUCUGCUAAUAGCAAUUACUAACUUUGUCGUGGGAACUUUCAUCCCAGCUCAUGACAAAAGAGCAAAAGGAUUUUUUAAUUACCACGGUGAAAUAUUUUCAGAAAACUUUGGGCCAGAUUUUCGAGAAGGAGAAGAUUUCUUUUCGGUCUUUGCUAUUUUCUUCCCUGCUGCCACAGGUAUACUUGCUGGAGCAAACAUCUCUGGUGAUCUUGCAGAUCCACAAUUAGCCAUACCUAAAGGCACGCUCUUGGCUAUUGUAAUCACCACAAUAGUCUAUGCAGGAGCUGCUGUCGCUACAGGUGCUUGUAUUGUGCGUGAUGCAACUGGGAACCUGACAGAUUUGAUCACCCCCGGAACACUGAAUAAUUGCACCACUGCAGCCUGUAAAUUGGGUUUCAAUUUCUCCUCCUGUGCCACAAAUAAAUGCUCGUAUGGCUUAAUGAAUGACUUCCAGGUUAUGAGCCUGGCAUCUGGAUUUGGGCCUUUGAUUACUGCAGGAAUAUUUUCAGCCACGUUGUCUUCUGCCCUGGCCUCAUUAGUGAGUGCUCCUAAAAUAUUCCAGGCUUUGUGCAAGGAUAACAUAUAUCCUGGUCUUCACAUGUUUUCAGUUGGAUAUGGCAAGAACAAUGAACCAUUGCGUGGCUAUGUUCUUACAUUCUUCAUUGGUCUUGGAUUCAUAUUAAUUGCUGAGUUAAAUAUUAUUGCACCAAUAAUUUCAAAUUUCUUCCUGGCUUCAUAUGCUUUGAUUAAUUUCUCGGUCUUCCAUGCUUCACUUGCUAAAUCCCCAGGCUGGCGACCUGCUUUCAGAUUCUAUAACAUGUGGAUUUCAUUGAUCGGUGCUAUCUUGUGCUGCGGCGUAAUGUUUGUCAUCAAUUGGUGGGCAGCACUAUUAACAAACGUCAUUGUCCUUGCCUUAUAUAUCUACGUUACUUACAAGAAACCUGAUGUUAACUGGGGCUCCUCUACACAGGCUUUAACUUACCUGAUUGCUAUGCAGCAUGCCAUUCGUCUUGCAGGGGUAGAGGAUCACGUAAAAAAUUUCAGGCCCCAAUGCCUUUUAAUGACGGGUGCUCCAACAUCCCGUCCAGCCUUGCUACAUCUUGUUCAUGGCUUCACGAAAAAUGUUGGACUAGUGGUCUGUGGACAUGUUCAUACGGGGCCUCGCAGGCAAGCUCUGAAGGAAAUCUCUAAUGACCAAUCUAAAUACCAACGGUGGCUAAUCAAAAAUAAAAUGAAAGCCUUCUAUGCCCCUGUGUACGCAGAAGAUUUGCGUGAAGGAACACAGUUUCUGCUGCAAGCUGUAGGACUUGGUCGAAUGAGACCGAACACCCUUGUCUUUGGCUUUAAAAAAGAUUGGCGCCAGGCACUUAUGAAAGAUGUGGAAAAUUACAUAAAUGCUAUUCAUGAUGCAUUUGACUAUCAAUAUGGAGUAGUUGUCAUUAGACUAAAGGAAGGCUUUAAUAUUUCUCAUCUUCAAGCUCAAGAAGAGCUAUGUAUGUCUCAGAAGAAAACUGCUCAUCCCAAGCAUACCGUGGUGAAUCUGGAACAUUCUGAUGCUGACUCUAAGCCAUCUUCGAAGUCAGUGAGCGAAACUAACAGCCCAGCAGUGUCACAAGACCACAAAGCAGAUGAAGAAGAUGAUGGCAAGGCAUCAACGCAGCCACUCUUGAAAAAAGAGGUUAAAGGUUCAUCUGUGCCUUUGAACAUGGCUGACCAGAAGUUGCUGCAGGCAAGCUCUCUGUUUCAGAAGAAACAGGGCAAAGGGACUAUUGACGUCUGGUGGCUUUUCGAUGACGGAGGUCUGACAUUACUUAUCCCGUAUCUUCUCACCACCAAGAAGAAGUGGAAAGAUUGCAAGAUCAGAGUGUUCAUUGGUGGGAAAAUAAACAGAAUAGACCAUGACAGAAGAACAAUGGCCACUUUACUGAGCAAAUUCAGGAUAGAUUUCUCCGACAUCACUGUUCUCGGGGAUAUGAACACAAAGCCAAGCAAAGACGAUAUUGCAGCUUUUGAAGAAAUGAUUGAACCGUUCAGGCUUCAUGAAGAUGACAAAGAGCAAGACGCAGCCGAGAAAAUGAAGGCAGAGGAACCAUGGCGGAUCACAGAUAAUGAGCUUGAGAUUUACAGAAUGAAGACAUAUCGACAAAUCAGAUUGAAUGAAUUGUUGCAAGAAAACUCGGGGACUGCUAACCUCAUCGUCAUGAGUCUACCGGUAGCACGGAAAGGUGCUGUAUCAAGUGCACUGUAUAUGGCUUGGAUUGAAACACUCUCAAAGAAUUUGCCACCCAUUUUAUUAGUGCGAGGCAACCACCAGAGUGUUCUUACUUUCUACUCCUAGAUGAGCACAGGGCACCACCCUGAUAACUCUACUGCAGUGGCUGGAAGUAGAAAUACAAUGAAGUCCUGGGCUUGUGUGUGACACUUCCAGUUGAUUGAAAACAAAAUAAGCACACAAAGGGGGAAAUCCUUUUUUGAGGAUCACAAGAACUUUAUACCCUGAUGGACUGUCAAUUUGCCUGAUUUGAAUGUAAGCAUUUUUCUGACUGCACAGGAAGUUUUCUUUCUGCUAUGAGAAGAGCAGCAAUAAAUUUUUAUUUUUAAGUAACUUAGAUUUCAUUGAUAUGAAAGCCUUCAACAGCCUUACUGAGGUGCCUUCCAAAAAAAACAAUUAUGUACCAAAUUCCAUUGAUUCCCUAUUUUAUGUAUAAUGAAUGUUGUUAAAUGAAGUGGUUUGAUAACACACUAGUUAGUGCUUUAGAAUGAACAGGAGUACUCAGAAGGCGUAUCUAUGACCUUCUGUCACAAAAAAAAGCUGCUUUCACUAUUUGUCUUCCACAGGCUGUGUGUGUUCGAGGAUCAACACUCAAAGCUCUGAUAUUUAAAUAUCUGAUAUAUUUUCUUUAGCAAUAUUGUUGCUCUUAUAAUUCUCCCUUCUUUCUCUUCCCCCAACCUCCCUGCCAUGUCUGAAAUGCACUGGCAGUAAUUUAGGAGCAAUUUUCUGCAAUAAUAUUGUGAUUGUGGAAAAUGACAGGAAAUUUAAGUAUUCCUAAUAUUAUCAGGAAAGUUUAGUAUAGAGGCUGCCGUGAAUACCCCCUCACCUCUUCGCCAAGACCCAUGUGUGAAAAUUUAGGAAUUUAACUUCCUUACAUACACCCUGUGCAAAUGUCCUUAAAAGGUUGUAACAUAGCAUUGAGGCUUGAGCAAGACUGUUGUUAUGGUUGUCAUGUUUUUAAACUGCAUAAUACUUUGAAAAGGGAAUAUUAAUACAAAAUCUUAGCUUUUCAAAUUUUAACUGGCAUUUCUAUCCUUGUGGAAAUAAGUGUUGCUAAAGUCUUAAAUGCAUCCAAUCAUUUCCAUGCCCUUUGCUCCAAGUUAACAGAUCACUUUCAUGAAAAUGUUAGUUACAUGAGAUUUUUUUCUCUCAAGGCAUUUUGCAUUUGCUUGUGAUAUCUUAUAGCUGUUCUGGUCUUUGUGCUUAAUUCAAAAUUUAAAAAGUUGCCAAAUACUUUUUCAUGAAGGUAUUGUUAAUUUAAAUGUACACUAGCCAAGACCUACUUUCCUCCCCGGUCUUCACAGCUUUGUAAUAGUAUUCUAGCAUCAAGUGGGUAUGUAAUAAGCUAUAUUCCUUUUCCCAUUGCAAAUAAACGCAUGACAUUUGAAAUCCAUUAAAAUACAAUCUGAAUUUGUAUGACGCCAGGUGUAAACAUGACCAUAGGUAGAGUAAUGAUUCUCUACUGUUUAAGUAUAUUGUAAUAUGAACAGCUGUUGUGCUUCCUUCCUGACAAGAAUGAUUUAUUAUUUUUUAAAUCGAUAAACUAAAUCAGUGUCACCUAAUUAUGCUCAGUACAAAAGUUCCAUUAGAGAACAAAUUUUGAAGCUCCGUGUACUGUUUAAUUCAGCCAGUUAAAUGAAGAGAUUUGAUUCACUUAAAGUAUAUAAAUUGACUUAAUGUAUAUAUGCAUAAGAUGUAGAAAGAAAAGCUUACAAAUUGCAGGGUGCAUUCUUGUGGUCUACACUGCCACUGUUCAACAAUUUAUGCUAUCUCCUAAGGAAAUACAAAUCACUAAGGUAAGAGUGGUUAUAAUAGAGUUCUACAUGCUUAUAGGAAAUAUUUACCCUUGUUCCAAAGUGUUCCCAUUGCUUUUCUAAAGUGGUUUGUAGCCAAAUCUGAAACUUACUGUAGCUCAUUAUUAGCAACUAACAUUAAAAAAAUCACAAAUGUGAAAUUGUACCAUACACUGAAUAUUUGUGUAUUGAACUUUUUUGAAGGAAGCUAGUGAGCGAGUGACUAGGAAAAAUGGCUGAUUAUUGAUUUUGUUAAUUUAUUCAUCAUGUGUAAAUCAAUUAUUUUUGCAUUUUAAGGGGUUCUUUUUAAAACUUGAUGCUGCAUUUCUGUCUUUUUUUGUUUUAAAUAUGUCUGCAAUAUUGUUAAAGCUUUUUUUUCUCCCUCCACCCGCUACCCAGAGGGUGAUCUACCCAAAGAAGCUGAAUGAAACAUUUUGAUAAACUGUACUAUAACUCACUGAAUUGCUUUUCUAAUUAUUUUAACAUUAAGAGUAUUAAAGAUGAUACUUUGUACAUUAUUGCAAUAAAGAAAAAGUUGCAUUA